AUAGUAUUGUGUUUUGACAAUUGUUAAGAUUCUACAUCGUAUAUUUGCGGCUUUCAAUUUUGAAUCAUUCCAAGAGAAUCAUUUUAAUUACAACACUUAAAAUGGCUGAGAAUCGCCUGGAUGUGAUAAUUUUUGGCGCUACAGGAUUUACUGGGAAUUAUACUGUCAAGGAAGCUGCAAGAUUGUCCAAAGCUAAACCUUUUUCUUGGGGAAUUGCCGGGCGAAAUAAAGAACGAUUGGAUGCUGUGCUGAAAAAAUUUGCUCCAGAAGAAGAAAACAUUUCUGUAAUAAUUGCUGACGUGAAAGAUGAAGAGUCAUUAAAGAAAAUGGCUGAAAAGUGUAAAGUAGUCGUGAACUGUUGCGGUCCGUACAGGUUUUAUGGAGAGCCGGUUAUAAAAGCUUGCAUUGCUGCUGGUACUCAUCAUGUUGAUGUCAGUGGUGAGCCUCAAUUCAUGGAAAAAAUGCAAGUUGAGCACAGCAAAGCAGCACAGGAAGCAGGAGUUUACAUAAUAAGCGCGUGUGGAUUUGAUAGCAUUCCAUGCGACCUUGGAAUUAUUUUUGUCCAGCAGAAAUUUGGCGGAGAAGUAAACAGCGUUGAAACUUAUUUAAAAACUAAGGUGGAUGGAAAUUUUAGAGGAGCUAGUCUUCAUUACGGGACCUGGGAGUCAGCUGUUUAUGGACUAGCUUAUGCUAAUGAGUUACGUGAAUUGCGUAGUAAGCUUUAUCCUGAUAAACUACCUUCAUUUGAACCUAAAUUACAUCCAAGGGGAAUUGUACACAGUUCUGAAAUAUCUCAAAGAUGGUCUUUACCUUUUCCUGGUUCUGAUCGCUCCGUUGCUUAUAGAUCUCAGCGAUAUCUUUAUGAAAAAAAUAAAAUUAGACCAGCACAAGUGCAAACUUAUAUGAUACUCAGUUCUAUUUGGGCUGUAAUAUCAGUCGCAUGUAUUGGAGCAGUUUUUUCAUUGAUGACUAAAUGUAAAUGCGGACGCAGUUUACUUCUCAAGUAUCCAAAAUUUUUCUCCGGAGGCUUAGCUAGUCAUGAAGGACCAUCACCUGAAGCCAUGGAAAAAACCUAUUUCUCAAUUACAUUAAAAGCAAGUGGUUGGAAGGAUAAACUUGCUGAACCAACUGACAAGCACACUGAGCCUCCAAAUAAAGAAGUAAUUGCAAAGGUCUCCGGUACUAAUCCUGGGUAUGGAGCUACUUGCACCAUGCUGAUGAUCUCAGCACUCACCGUUCUUCGUGAAGCUGAUAAACUUCCUGAUAAAGGUGGAGUUCUUCCUCCCGGUGCUGCAUUCGCCAAUACGUCAAUGAUUGAGCAACUGAAUAACAAUGGAGUUAAAUUUGAAAUAAUUAAAGCCGAAUAA